AUGGACUGGAAAUCUGUGCCACUAGGUGAUGGGGAGGUUGCCAUUGACAUGGGUGAAGAAGAUUGGCAAGGCUUUGGAGGCUUAGAGGAAUGCACUCAGUACACAUUAAUGAAGCCAUCGGAGCUCAAAAAGAAUGAAGAGACAGGAAGCAAAGAGAAGAUUCAUGCAUUGACAAUACCUUCAGCCAUCAGGGAUCAUAAAGACAUACUGGGAGCAGCUGAGACAGGAAGUGGAAAGACCCUGGCCUUUGCAAUCCCUAUCAUUCAUGGCAUUCUACAGGAGAAAUUGAAUUCUGAAGGGCUGAUUGAUGGAGAUAAUAAGCUUGAAGCAUUAAUACUGACCCCAACAAGAGAACUGGCUUUGCAAGUGAGGAAUCACAUAGUAGCUGCAGCCAAGUAUACUGAUAUCAAGAUACUUGUGAACAAUGAAGCAAUUGACAACAGAGCAGCAUAUUUUAUCUAUCACACCUACAUCAAAACAAAGUCACCAGAGUCUUUCACCAAAGAUUUCCUGGCUCUUGUGUACCUGGUGGGAUUUGUGAUUGGAGGUCUUAGUCAAGAGAAGCAAGAAAGAUUGCUGAAGAAGCGGCCUCAGAUCAUUGUUGCAACACCUGGUCGCCUUUGGGAAUUGAUGGAGCGAGUGACCUCAUAUCUUCAGAACAUUGAAUCUGUCAGGUACCUGGUGAUUGAUGAAGCUGAUAGAAUGGUGGAGAAAGGACACUUUCAGGAACUGCAUCGCAUCUUGGAGCGCCUCAAUGCCAGCAUAGCAAGGAGACAGACUUUUGUGUUCAGUGCCACAUUGACACUGGUGCAUGCCCCACCUUCCAGGCUCAAGAGCAUGAAGGCAUGGACUAAGACAUCUGAUAACAAGCUUGCAAACCUGAUGAAAACUAUAAAAAUGAAUGGAAAGCCAAAAGUGGUUGAUCUGACUAGAAAAUUGGGCACUGCUGAGAUGCUCUCUGAAGCACGUAUUCUCUGCGGCAAGGAGGAAAAGGAUAUGUACCUGUAUUAUUUUCUUGUCAAGCACCCUGGAAGAACCCUGGUGUUCUGCAAUUCAAUAGAUUGCGUGAGACAUCUGAAAGGAGUGUUUGAUCAGCUACAGUGUCAACCCCUUUGGCUUCAUGCAUCCAUGCUGCAAAAGCAAAGGUUAAAAAACCUUGAGAAGUUCUCAUCCAAGCCACAGGGCCUUCUCUUGGCAACAGAUGUUGCUGCACGUGGUCUUGAUAUUCCUGGCAUUCAGCAUGUCCUUCAUUAUCAAGUUCCAAGGACAUCUGAGAGCUAUAUUCAUCGAAGUGGAAGGACAGCAAGAGCUGCAAAGGAGGGUCUUAGUGUCAUCUUGAUGGAUCCAAGUGAGGUAUCUGCAUAUAGAAAAUUGUGCUUCACACUGAACAGGGAGGCGGACCUCCCCGUGUUUCCAAUUGAUGCUGAGCUAAUGCCAAGCAUCCAGGAUAGAGUAAAGCUGGCUCAGCAGCUGGCCCUGGAAAUGCAUCGCCUGGAAAAGAAAUCUGCUGAUUCAAAAUGGUUUGAAAAGGCUGCCAAGGAAUUGGAUCUUGCUCUCAGCGAUUCUGAUUUCUCUAGGAGCUCAGAUAGUGAUGAUGAAGACAAGAAAGAUGAGCAACAAGAGAAGUCCAAAUUGGUGGGACAGCUAAGAAGCCGACUAAAUCAGCUUUUAUCUCAGCCAAUUGCCCCAAGAAGGCAAAUGGGGAUAACCAAGUAUCCCACUCGCUCAGGGAAACUAGACCUUCCUUCUGUACAGAAUGAACAGACAGCCCUGGAAGCCCUUCAAGAGGAAAAACAAGAACCAGAAUCCCUAAAAUUUUUGAGAAAAGUGAAGAGUGGAAAAGUGAAGAAGCAGAAGCAGAAAAAGCUGAAGAGAAGGAAAUGAGGACUGUUGUUGUUAUAGAUUGGCUUUUGGAAUAAACCUUUUCUCAGCUGUUGUCUUA